UUGACUGGAUAUAAACCGCCUUUAAAACGCAAAACGGGAAACUGCGUUCGCGUUUAUUUUGUUUGUUUUUCCUAGCGCGAAUAGUUUUAACCGCUUUAACAUGAAUUCAUCAAAUGUACUUAACGCAUCAAUUAAAUCCAUUAAUUCGCUGGCUGGAUUUGGAUAUGCCAUGAUCCCAGUUGCAAUUACAGGGACGCUCGGGAGUGUUUUCAGCACGGUGUACAUUCUUCACAAGCUGCUCUUCACGCGGAAAAAAUUAUUACUGAAUUUACGAUCGUAUGACCUCAUGUUCUGCAACAUGUCCCUGGCUUCGUUAUUCUUCUCCGCGUUUUAUCUACCCGUUGCGGCGUUCUCCACCAUCGUCGGACCGCAGAGUAUCAUAGCUAGUAGAGAGUACCACAGUUUCUGCGUCUUCACCGCAUUCUCCUAUUUUUCCUUAACCACCACCUGCGCGUUUACCCACAGCGCCAUCGCCGCCAACCGUCUCUUCGUCGUGGUGUUUCCCCAUCAACGGAACCUCCAAUCUCCCGUGUGCGCUGCAAUGCUGAUCCUGAUCUCCUGGAUAAUCCCGGCCGUGACCUUUAUCUUCCCGUUUUUUAAGGUCUUCGGCGAGUACGGCUUUGCGCCGUCCAGCCGUUGCGGCUUUGUCAACGUUAAUUAUACGUACCAGGCAAUCUAUAAAGCGAUUAGCGGCUUUGUGCCGUUGGCCAUUAUGGUUAUAUGCUACGGAUUGGUGGCGUAUUUUGAGAUCUCCUCACGGAAGCGUCUGGCUCCCGGCAACAACAAGCGGAAAUCGGUGGGAUCGGGACGGGAUGUCCGGUUGCGGCGGGAAGCGCGUGCUACCCGUACGGCGCUGCUCACGUGCGCGGCCUUUGCGCUGGGUUACCUACCGAAUGCCAUUGUCGGGGUGGCGGCCAGUAUUAAGAUGAUCCAGUCGUCCAACGGACAGCUGGCGUCGCUGUGGAUGUGGAUUGGAUGCAGCAUCAAUCCGGGCAUUUAUAUUUUUCUGAAUUCGGAGUUACGGCGGAAAAUUUUGAGCGUUUUCGGAUGGAAGAGCCAGACCGUAUCCAGUUCGCAAGAGCAAGACGGAUCCAUCUUAGCGCGCUCUUCUAUGCGGCGGGUGACCUUUCCUCAUGUAUCCGCAGUCAGCAGCAAAGAAGUAGAACGAUAAAAGCUGUUCUUGAAUGCGACGGAUGAAUCAUGUUGCAUUUUACGCCGAAAUACGGUGCAAUACAGGAAAACUUUCUUUUGACAGUAUUAAGUACAGAAUUGUCUAUAUUGCGGGUAUUAUCUUUUUCCUGUAUUUAAUUCUCGUCGCUAAAAUUAACAUGUUUCAUCAUUCACAUAAUUUUCUGCCUAAGAGCGAAAACCGCCAUCGGCUUGUGGUUACUCACGUGA